GUCCCUUUUAUCAUCUUUCGAGUUUUUUUUCUUCCCUCCCUUUCCUCACAUUAUGUGGUCCGAAUCCUCUUAUCUUAUCGCAUUCAAUCCCCCUCUUUUUCUUCAUCGCUGAACUUGGUCACAUCAAAACAUUAGGACUCAUUUUUCCUUCUCACAACCAAUUUGGGGGGUCUCUCCUUUCCCUUUCCCACUUCAAAAGGAUUCCAAGGACUAUCCAGCCAGAGCGACCAACCACCUUCCUAACUCUUCUUUUUAAUCCCUACACCUCCCCUUAUAUGUAUCUUUGUAAUUGAUCAAUAGCUCAAAGCCUCAAACACACCAUCGCCCUUUAUUUUUCCUGAAUUUUAAAGCAUAGCACUACAGUAAUUAGCCCAACGAUGCCACCAGUACAUUCUAGCCCUUACUUCCAAAUGGACAACCAGGCCAUACUGUCUUUGCUCCGGCAUACGGCAAGCGAGAAACGAUCAAAAUCUAGUGGCGGUGGGCUUCUUAAAGUGUUCAAGCUCUUCCCCAUGCUAACAUCAGGUUGCAAGAUGGUUGCACUUUUAGGCAGACCUCGAAAACCUUUACUUAAGGACCAUGCUACAACAGGUACCAUUUUUGGUUAUCGUAAAGGCAGAGUUAGUCUAGCCAUACAAGAAGAUCCUCAUUGUGUGCCGAUGUUUGUUAUAGAGCUGCCGAUGCACUCAAGUCUAUUUCACAAAGAGAUGGCAUCGGAUAUAGUAAGGAUCGCACUUGAGAGCGAAACCAAGACUCAUAAAAAGAAACUACUGGAGGAGUUUGUUUGGGGUGUGUAUUGUAAUGGAAGAAAGGUUGGGUACUGUAUAAGGAGGAAGCAAAUGUCUGAUGAUGAGCUUCAUGUCAUGCAACUUCUGAGAGGUGUUUCAAUGGGCGCAGGUGUGCUUCCUUGCCCAAAUAGUGAGAAGGAAUCAGCUGACGGGGAAUUGACGUACAUUAGAGCCAGAUUUGAGAGAGUGGUUGGAUCCAAAGACUCUGAAGCUCUGUAUAUGAUUAAUCCUGAUGGUGCAGCAGGGCCAGAAUUGAGUAUUUUCUUUGCAAGGGCUCGCUAGGAUUUGUUUGUGUGUGACAUUCUACGUAAUGUCUGUGAACUUAAUUUUUCUAAUUAUAAGCACCACGAAAAGUAUUCUAUUGAUCUCUUUGCUUGUUCUAUGCCAAGAUCAUUGCACGAGUUGUGGUUUUGAAGCUAGUAGUCCCUUGUAAAUUCCUUAAUAGUUGCAUGUUGUUGAAAUCUAAAAGAACAUUUAUCAUUCUGCCUUGAA